AACGGCAGAGGGCCUCGGGCCGUGGGACAGGACGUGGCCCUGACCGUAACGGCGCAGUGACCUUGAGCGAGCCCAUGGCCCAGUGGGAGUUGACCCUGAGGAUUCCCGCUGGAACCUUCGGCUCUGCUCACCCGCCGUGGGGGCUGGGUCACAAACAAGGCGUGGUUUACUGCGGCUUCCGUCCCGAGGGGGAGUGAGAGGAGAUGGGGAGCGUGUGCCCCCGCCGCCUCCGCGGAGACCCCCAGGCCGGGGCGGCGCGGCGGCGGCCCAGCUCCGGGCAGACAUUGCCUAGGGGGCCCGGAAGGGCCGCUCCGCUCCUCGCGAGAAGGCGUCCUCUUCUGCCAAUCACCGCACGAGGCCCGCCCCUCCCGCCGCCGGAAGAAGCCGUUGCCCGGAGCAACUGUAACGUCCGGCUUUCGGAGUUUGGCGGCGGGAAAGGCCAUGAGUAAAGGCAGGGCUGAAGCGGCGGCUGGGGCCCCCGGGAUCCUCCUGAAGUACCUGCAGGAGCAGAACCGGCCCUACAGCGCCCAGGAUGUGUUUGGGAACCUGCAGCGGGAGCACGGGCUGGGCAAAGCGGCCGUGGUGAAGGCGCUGGAGCAGCUGGCCCAACAAGGCAAGAUCAAAGAGAAGAUGUACGGCAAGCAGAAGAUUUAUUUCGCGGACCAGGACCAGUUUGACACGGUGAAUGAUGCUGACCUCCAAAGCUUGGAUGCCAAAAUCGUCACCCUCACUGCCAAGGUGCAGAGCUUGCAGCAGAGCUGCCGCCAAAUGGAAGCUGAGCUGAAGGAGUUGUCCAGUGCCCUGACCACACCGGAGAUGCAGAAAGAGAUCCAGGAGUUAAAGAAGGAAUGUGCUGGCUACACAGAGAGACUGAAGAACAUCAAAGCAGCCACCAACCACGUGACCCCGGAAGAGAAAGAACAGGUGUACAGAGAGAAGCAGAAGUACUGCAAGGAGUGGAGGAAGCGCAAGAGGAUGGCAACAGAGCUGUGUGAUGCGAUCCUUGAAGGAUACCCUAAGAGUAAGAAGCAGUUCUUUGAGGAGGUUGGGAUAGAGACCGAUGAAGAUUACAAUGUCAAGCUGCCAGACCCCUGAGCGCCGCUGUGGUAGGACUGUUAGGGGUCAGGGCCCAGACUGGCUGCCAGCUUUUUAUUGUUACUGAUCUCAACCCUGGAGCGGGCAGUUGGGAGAGGGGCAUAAACCAGAGGAUUAGAGCAGGAGGGGGAGGAGGAGUGCUGGUCACCCACAGUGGGUGGGUACACUCAUUACAUGGCCUAGAAUGUAAUUUCAAGUGCUUGCGCUUAACACUUAGACUUGGAACAAAACUAAAGCAUUUGGCAAUAUUUAUUGUAAUAUAAUUAGAUAUAAAAAUAUUUAAUUUCCUCUGGAUAAUCAAACCCCCCCGAUAUUAAAUCUGGGGAAGGGAGAGGUUGGGGAACUUAGAUAGAGGCUAUUAUACACAGCAUUCAAGGAGUCCAGGGCUGCACCCUCGACUCUCUUGGCUUCCAUAUACCUCAGCCUUCACCACCUCUGUCCUGGGAGAAAUGUCGGCAGCACGUGAGAGAUGGCAGAGCCCCAGACACACCUCACAGAAAGCUGCGGUGGUUUGAGGCCCAGCUAAUUUUUAAAAAUUGUAACUUUAGCAAAACUGUUUUGUUGGUAUUUAUAAAAAUAAAAACUUUUGUCACAUUUGA